GAGACGGGAGCCAGAGCAGAGAGGGAGACAGACAGACAGGGGCAGGGACGGUGGGCGCGGGCGUCUACUGCAGUGCAGCGUCCGGCGCCUGCGGGGGAGGGGGCUCGGGGCCCCCCCCAGCCGUCCAGGGGACCCCCCCCCCCCCCGGGGGGCCCGGAGCCAUGCUCAACAACCUCACCGACUGCGACGAAGGCGAGGGGGGGACCCAUCCCGGAGAUGCCAAUCCGAAGGAGAGCAGCCCCUUCAUCAACAGCACGGACUCGGAGAAGGGCAAGGAGUACGACGGCAAAAACAUGGCCCUCUUCGAGGAGGAGAUGGACACCAGCCCCAUGGUGUCCUCCCUGCUGAGCGGCCUGGCCAACUACACAAACCUGCCCCAGGGCAGCCGGGAACACGAGGAGGCCGAGAACAACGACGGCGGCGGCGGCAAGAAGAAGGCCGUGCAGGCUCCCCGGAUGGGCACCUUUAUGGGCGUCUACCUGCCAUGUCUGCAGAACAUCUUCGGGGUCAUCCUCUUCCUCCGCCUGACGUGGGUGGUGGGCAUCGCGGGCAUCAUGGAGUCGUUCUGCAUGGUCUUCAUCUGCUGCUCCUGUACGAUGCUGACGGCCAUCUCCAUGAGCGCCAUCGCUACCAACGGAGUCGUGCCCGCCGGAGGUUCCUACUACAUGAUUUCCCGCUCUCUGGGCCCCGAGUUCGGCGGGGCGGUGGGGCUCUGCUUCUACCUGGGUACCACUUUUGCCGGAGCGAUGUACAUCCUGGGCACCAUAGAGAUUCUGCUGGCCUACCUGUUCCCGGCCAUGGCCAUCUUCAAGGCGGAGGAGGCCAGCGGGGAGGCGGCGGCCAUGCUGAACAACAUGCGCGUGUACGGCACCUGCGUGCUCACCUGCAUGGCCACCGUGGUCUUCGUGGGCGUCAAGUACGUCAACAAGUUCGCCCUGGUCUUCCUGGGCUGCGUCAUCCUGUCCAUCCUGGCCAUCUACGCCGGGGUCAUCAAGUCUGCCUUCGAUCCCCCCAGCUUCCCGAUCUGCCUCCUGGGGAAUCGCACCCUGUCCCGCCACGGCUUCGAUACGUGCGCCAAGAUGGUGUGGGAAGGGAACGAGACGGUCACCACCAGGCUCUGGGGCCUCUUCUGCACCUCCCACUUCCUCAACGCCACCUGCGACGACUACUUCACCAGAAACAACGUCACCGAGAUCCAGGGAAUCCCGGGGGCGGCCAGCGGGCUCAUCAAAGAGAACCUGUGGAGCUCCUAUCUGAGCAAGGGGGUGAUCGUGGAGAAGCGGGGGCUGCCGUCCCUGGCCCCGCCGGAGGGGGCGCCGCUCAGCCUGGACCAGCCCUACGUGUUCAGCGACAUGACCUCCUACUUCACCCUGCUCGUCGGCAUCUACUUCCCCUCCGUCACAGGGAUCAUGGCGGGGUCCAACCGGUCCGGGGACCUGCGGGACGCCCAGAAGUCCAUCCCCACCGGCACCAUCUUGGCCAUCGCCACUACUUCCGCCGUCUACAUCAGUUCCGUCAUCCUGUUCGGCGCCUGCAUCGAGGGGGUCGUCCUGAGGGACAAGUUCGGCGAGGCAGUGAGCGGAAAUCUGGUGGUGGGCACCCUGGCCUGGCCCUCGCCAUGGGUCAUCGUCAUCGGCUCCUUCUUCUCCACGUGCGGCGCCGGCCUGCAGAGCCUCACGGGAGCCCCCCGCCUGCUGCAGGCCAUCUCCCGGGAUGGCAUCGUGCCCUUCCUCAGGGUGUUCGGCCACGGCAAAGCCAACGGGGAACCCACGUGGGCCCUCCUGCUCACUGCCUGCAUCUGCGAGAUCGGAAUCCUCAUAGCUUCUCUAGACGAGGUCGCGCCCAUCCUCUCCAUGUUCUUCCUGAUGUGCUACAUGUUCGUGAACCUGGCCUGUGCGGUGCAGACGCUGUUGAGGACGCCCAACUGGAGACCUCGCUUUCGCUACUACCAUUGGACGCUGUCCUUCCUGGGCAUGAGCCUCUGCCUGGCGCUCAUGUUCAUCUGCUCCUGGUACUACGCCCUGGUGGCCAUGCUCAUCGCCGGCCUCAUCUACAAGUACAUCGAGUAUCGAGGGGCCGAGAAGGAGUGGGGCGACGGCAUUCGAGGCCUGUCCCUCAGCGCUGCGCGGUACGCUCUGCUGCGCCUGGAGGAGGGGCCCCCCCACACCAAAAACUGGAGGCCUCAGUUGCUGGUGCUCGUACGCGUGGACGAGGACCAGAACGUGGUUCACCCGCAGCUGCUGUCCCUGACCUCGCAGCUGAAGGCGGGCAAGGGGCUGACCAUCGUGGGAUCCGUGCUGGAGGGCACCUUCCUCGACAAUCACCCGCAAGCCCAGCGGGCUGAAGAGUCCAUCCGCCGCCUGAUGGAGGCCGAGAAGGUGAAGGGGUUCUGCCAGGUGGUGGUGUCAUCCAACCUGCGGGACGGGCUGUCUCACCUGAUCCAGGCCGGGGGUCUGGGCGGGCUGCAGCACAACACCGUGCUGGUCGGCUGGCCGCGAAACUGGCGCCAGAAGGAAGACCACCAGACCUGGAGGAAUUUCAUCGAGCUGGUGCGGGAGACGACGGCCGGGCACCUGGCCCUGCUGGUGACCAAGAACGUGGCCAUGUUCCCCGCCAACCCGGAGCGGUUCUCGGAGGGCGGCAGCAUCGACGUCUGGUGGAUCGUGCACGACGGCGGCAUGCUCAUGCUCCUCCCCUUCCUGCUCAGGCACCACAAGGUGUGGCGCAAGUGCAAGAUGCGGAUCUUCACCGUGGCCCAGAUGGACGACAACAGCAUCCAGAUGAAGAAGGACCUGACCACCUUCCUGUACCACCUGCGCAUCACGGCCGAGGUGGAGGUGGUGGAGAUGCACGAGAGCGACAUCUCGGCCUACACCUACGAGAAGACGCUCGUGAUGGAGCAGCGGUCGCAGAUCCUCAAGCAGAUGCACCUGACCAAGAACGAGAGGGAAAGGGAGAUCCAAAGCAUCACCGACGAAUCCCGCGGGUCCAUCCGGAGAAAGAACCCCCCCAACGCCCGGCUGCGCCUCAGUGUCCCCGAGGAACCGGCGGGAGAAGGCGAGGGCAAGCCGGAGGAGGAGGUCCAGCUGAUUCACGACCAGAAGGCCCCCGGCUUCCCCAGCGAGUCGCCGUCGCCCGGGGAGGAGGCCGAGGGGCCCGCGGAGGAGGCCGCCCCCGACAAGGUGCAUCUCACCUGGACCAAAGACAAGGCCUCGGCCGAGAAGAACAAGGCCCCCAGCCCCGUCUCGUCCGAGGGCAUCAAGGACUUCUUCAGCAUGAAGCCUGAGUGGGAGAACUUGAACCAGUCGAACGUGCGGCGCAUGCACACGGCCGUGCGCCUCAACGAGGUCAUCGUCAAGAAGUCGCAGGAGGCCAAGCUGGUCCUGCUCAACAUGCCCGGCCCGCCCCGGAACCGCAAGGGGGACGAGAACUACAUGGAGUUCCUGGAGGUGCUCACCGAACACCUGGACCGGGUGAUGCUGGUGCGCGGCGGCGGCCGCGAGGUCAUCACCAUCUACUCCUGAGGGCCCCGGCCCCGGGACCCCCCCCCCUCACGCCCCCCAUCCCCAUCCCCGCAACAGGACAGCUUCGGGGGGCGGGGGGGCAUCCUGUACAUAGUACACAGGAGACAGCUGGUGUAUUUUUAACGUGACCGUAUUUAUGUGAAUAGCAGCGCCGCGACCCUUCCCGGGCGGUGGGGCCGCAGAAAUGUAUAAUUCGGGGAGGGGGGGGCGUCCGUUUGCCAGGACGAAAGACCGGGGGCAAGGCGCCCCUCGCUUCCCCCCCCCCCCCGCCCCGUUUUUCUCCCCGCUUCUUGGCGUUAUCAGGGAAAGAGACUUUUCCUACUUUUUGGACUCCCACGGCGGAUCUGAGCUUCCAAUUCGGCUGCGGCUGCUGAGACGCCCCCCCCAAUUCCCCAGCCCCCCAACACCCCCUCCUCUGCUGCAGCCGGGGCUGGAGGGGAGCGGCCUAUUCCCGUCUCAUCUCCC